AAAGAAGUAUCAGAGUGAGUGUAUGUGUGCAUGUGAAGCAGAAGGAGGGUGGUCACUAACAGGGGAAUAAAAGGAUAUGGAGGGGGUGGCUUGACACAAUACAUCUGUGGUUGCAGUAACGAGAGAGAGAGUUCAAAACUUAUGUAAGAAGGAGUGGAGGUAAGAUAAGAAUCCGAAGCUGGGUUGGAAAAUAUAAACCAAAGCAGGAGAGAAAAAACAUUGCCUUUAGUGAGGGAAGAGAAAGGAACAGGGGAAGGAGAAGCAGAAGGACUGCUUGUACAGAGACAAGUAGAGACUGAAAAGCUGAGAAGUGUUGCCAAACAGGAUACUACUGAAUUCCAUUCAACAUGGAAAAUAUGGAGCUGCCACCUCGACCAAAACUCUUUGACUUCCAUGGAGUCUCCAUGACCCACUAUUUCACUGACAACUGGGAGAACAUACAAAACUUCCAGGCCAGGCCAGAUGAUAUCCUCAUUGCCACUUACCCCAAAGCAGGUACCACAUGGGUCUCCUACAUUCUAGACCUGCUGUAUUUUGGUCAGACAGCCCCUGAGCGUCAGACUUCACUGCCUAUCUAUGAGAGGGUGCCUUUCCUGGAAUGUGACUUCCAUAUUCUCCCUCCAGGAACAGAGCUGGCAGACAAGUUAUCCACCUCUCCUCGCCUCAUCAAAACUCACCUUCCAGUCCAGUUGGUGCCCAAGUCCUUCUGGGAGCAGAACUGCAGGAUAGUGUAUGUGGCCCGUAAUGCCAAGGACAAUGCAGUGUCUUAUUUCCACUUUGACCGCAUGAACAAGGCCGACCCAGAGCCAGGAGACUGGAACAACUUCUUACAGAGAUUCAUGGAUGGAAAGAUGGUGUUUGGUCCCUGGUACGACCAUGUAACUGGCUGGUGGGAGAGGAAACAGACUCACUCAAAACUCCACUACGUUUUCUAUGAGGAUAUGGUUGAGGAUACGGGGAGAGAGCUGGACAGGCUGUGCUCCUUCCUAGGUUUGUCUCCUUCAGCAGAGGAAAAGGAGAGGGUGAGAGGAGGAGUGCAGUUUGAUACUAUGAAGAAGAACAGCAUGGCCAACUAUUCCACCGUUCCAAUCAUGGAUUUCAAGAUCUCUCCAUUCAUGCGAAAAGGAAAGGUUGGUGACUGGAAGAACCAUUUCACUGUAGCCCAGAAUGAACAGUUUGAUGAAGACUAUAAGAAGAAGAUGAAGAACACCACCGUACAGUUCCGCACUGUAGUCUAGGGGUUGUGGUCAAGUUGAUUGUCUGAUUGUUUGUGGUCAGGUUGAUUGAUUGUUUAUUUGGCGCACAUAGACCUACGAUAGGCUUGGCUGGGGUGUCAGUCUUCCAUUUGUCCACAGUUAACUGGGCUAUAGUGUUGAAAUAUACAGGGUGAGGAUCAUAUCGUAUCAUAUCCUGGAGUGUGAAUGAAAAAGAUCAUGAAGUGUCUUAUAAUAUCAUUUUUUGAGAAUGAUUGAUGCUACUUUGAGAUAUGAGCUAUAGGUUGAGAACUAAAAACAAAGGUAAAAUGAGGACAUGCUGCACAGUACAUUCUUAGCAAUGUGAGCUAUUUGUAAAUCCUCUUGCCUGGUCUGUUUUUCAGUGUCUGAGAAAAAACAGUGAGAGUCGAUACAGUAAUAAAUAUGUAAAUGGAGUAGAGCAUUGUUAAGCAUCAAGCAUUGUUUUAUGCUGUUUCAAAAAUAUACAUACUUUGAAACUGUAACAAUUCCUACUCGUAUACUAUAUACAGUAUGACUAAACGUAAUAUAUUGAUGUUCAUGUACUUGUACUUAAAAUAUUAUGAAAUGUCUUUAUGACCCAAAGCAAUUAAAGAGCCAGUAAUUUGCACAUACACACACC